AUGGAUGACGCCGUCAACGUACCUCUGCCACUGAGGACAGCAAGCCCCGAGGCCCAGAACCAGAACCAAAGUCUACCAUAUGCGACGUCUCUACACUCCUUCGUCAACGAUGAUCAGUCUGUUGACUCGGAGAACUGGCAACCCGAAAGAGAGCAGCCCCCGCUUCGCCAGCAAUCCAACAGCUAUGACGAUAUCUACGACCGCAGCAAUGCAGCGUCUAGAGCCAGCCGUGGCGAGAUCGGCCUUCAGGAAUUCCCGCUUCCAACGUCGAAGCCCAUCCCCAGUCAUACGAGCACCGUUGACCUGGGACGAACAAGCCGGGCAGAGUCUAUCAACAAGGCUGCGACCAAGAACAAAACUCUUAGUGGCGAGCAAGUCCACCCUCCAGUAGAGCAGCUACGCAGACAGCUUGCAGAAUACGAGCUGCCGCUGUUGCAGCAGGCAAAUCCAAAUGACGGCACGUUCUGGGAUCCGAUCAAAGAAGAGGAUCAUCCGGCCUCGUUCGAUCUAAUUGCACCAAUCCAAGAAUCAGAAGCACCACUCCAUUCGCUGGAGAAGCAGGCGGAUCUCCUGUUCUCGACCAGGCAUAUGCUCGCUAUUCUUUCCAAUCCCCAGCAUCUCUUCAAGUUCCGCGAGUUUCUGGCGGCCGAGCGAUCUGAUUCGUUAGAGAUAUUGAUGUACUACCUCAGCGCGUGUAAGGCGUUAAAGGCAAUCGAGUAUUCCAACGCUGUCUCACAGUUGCUCACAAACCUGUCUGAAAUAGAGUCGUCAGACCAGGAGAUCCCAGCGACGAAGAACAACAAGCUAGAACAACAGGCCGAGAAUGCGCUCAAUGCACUGGUCAAAGACGAGUUGCCUGCAUUCAUCACUUUCAAUUGCGUCUCGCUCGUCUCCAAUGUCGUCGAGCAGCGGGUGAAGGGAACACUGCCAGCCAAGUUUGAGGGAACAUCGGAUGCACUUGCAGAGGUGUUUUGUCUGACGGAUCCAUCCAGGCGAGAUAAUCCUAUUAUCUUUGCUUCCGAAGAAUUCCACCGCACCACGCAGUAUGGUAUGGACUACGUGUUGGGACGCAACUGUCGAUUCUUGCAAGGCCCCAAGACAAAUAAACAAAGUGUGCGCCGAAUUCGCGAGGCGAUUGAAGCCGGAUGCCAGCAUUCUGAGCUGUUUCUUAAUUACCGCCGCGAUGGCUCCCCGUUUAUGAACUUACUCAUGUGCGCACCUCUGUGUGACAGCAAAGGAAGAGUCCGUUACUUUAUCGGCGCGCAAAUCGAUGUGAGCGGUCUGGUCAUGGGCGAUGCGGGAAUGGACUCGAUGAAAGAUGUUGCUAGAGAGGAAUCUAUCAAACCAGAUGGCCCCGAAGACGUUUCUGCAAAUGGUGUAGAAAAUAGCCAUUUCUCGGGUGGUGUCAACGGAUACCAUCCAUACAGCGUCGACGGUGACAACGGACACGGCCAUCAGUUUAUCAGCGAUCCGCUUUCCACAGAAUCUGUGUCGCCACGAAAGGACGGUGAGGCAAGAAAUAACCUCCUCGAAUUCAUCGAGUUGCUUAGCCCCAGCGAACUAGCAAUGGUCCGCGAACAUGGCAGUUCCAUCUUCCAGCCUGUAGUCCCACGACGUGAACGACCAUACUGGGGCCACGUCCGGCCGCGAAUCAUGCUCAAACAGCCCAAGCAGGCUCCGAAUCAUGCUGGCCCGGAUCAAAUGUUCAAGCAGCCGACUCUCCCGGGUGUUUAUGACAAUUACCUCCUCGUCCGCCCUUAUCCUUCUCUUCGUAUUCUUUUCACGUCUCCCUCCCUCCGCAUACCAGGCAUUCUGCAGUCGCCGUUUUUUUCCAGAGUGGGCGGUUCGGCCACGGUGCGCGAUGAUCUACUCCGUUCAUUCAUGGAUGGGCGUAGUGUCACAGCGCGCAUCAGAUGGAUUUCCAAAUAUGAUAUGCAUGGUAGAAGCCAGAGUCCUGGUAAUCGACAGAUUCCAUCGUUUGCAAUGGCGCUUUUCAGACCGUCAUCGCCUGAGUAUCUAGAUGAUGGCACGGUCGUUUGCUCUGGCCACCUGCGUGUGAUCUGCGAUUUUUGCUGCACAGAUUACAGUCCUCUUGAUGAAUCUCCCGGGGACGAUUCCGACCCGUUUGCACAUUCAGCUGAUGAGGAGCAAGACGAAGAUGGCGAAAAUAGCGAAGAUGACGACACAGAAUCAUUCGACAUACCUCGUCCUUCGUACAGAUUCCGCAACAGAGUUCGACGGGGUGAAGGAAAGGUGAUUGCCGAAAAAUUUAUCCCUCCUUCUGACUUUGCUGCUGCUGCAAAACCGCAGGAACUUUUUUCUCCAGCUCUCGGCAUAAACAGCAUUCCUGUAGUGCGUCGGUUCAUCAACAGACGAGAUGCUACACAGGUCCUGGUUUUCACGGAUGGAGCGUGCCUGAACAACGGUGGCACUAAUCCUCAGGCUGGAUGCGCAUUCUUUUUUCGUCCUGCGCAGAACGGAGGAGAAAAGGAAAAAGGACAAAGAAAAAAAAGAGACAUUCCAGAUCAACCUCCCAACACCGAGGGCUAUGUAUCAUUUCAUCUUGAAAAGAAAGGCCCAUUUGGCGACCCUAGUCUACAAACCAGCAAUCGCGCCGAGCUAAGAGCUGUCAUCGCUGCGCUGCGCUUUCGGGUCUGGAACGGUGAAGGCUUCAGGAGUAUCGUUAUCGCCACAGACUCUGAAUACGUCGCAGAAGGGGCGACCACGUGGGUACGCACAUGGCUAAAGAAUGGCUGGAAUGGUCGUGCUGGACCGGUGAAGAACAAAGAUCUGUGGCAGGCUCUCCUUGGCGAAUUCGAACGUUGCCAUGAUAAUGGGCUGGAAGUCUUGUUCUGGAGGAUUCCGAGGGAGCAGAAUACGCAUGCAGAUCAGUGGGCAAAAGCAGGUGCCGGGGAGGAAGAUGUAAAGGACGAGUUUACUGACAUUGUGGGGGCGCUAGUAUGA